AUGGCGGGUACCAGGCGCGAAUGUACCAACGACGGCGCCAGCCCCGUCGACCCGCCUCGAGGACGAUCGCGGGUUGCGAUCGAGACGUCCGGACGUCGGCGACCGGCAACUCGUUUCCGCCGGACGAGCCGAUCGCGUAUCUUCGCCGAGUGAUUGAUGAUCGUAAUUAGGAUAAUCGUCGCCAGAUCGACGCGCGAAGGCGUGCGUCACCGUUCGCGAUCGUAAUCGCCGGAUCGCGCCAGAAAGCGCCAGAAACCUGUGCCGGUAUAUUCGUCAUCUCGCGUGCGGAACGUAAGCCGAGCCGAGAGCGGAAUACGAACGACAGUGUCGAGCCGAGGGCUCGCGUAAUCAUUACGUCACGGCGGGGCAAAUGUUCCCGAUGAGCUUUCGUGAGCUCCCGCCACCCCCGAGCAGCACCCCCGAGAAAAAUCGUCGCCGUCGCCGGCAGGAGUACGACGCCGCCGGCCUCGUCGCCGUCGUCGGUCCGUUUCCGGUGCUACCGGAUAUUCCCGAUCGGGGAUCCGUCACUGUCGCGAUGAAGUGAGGAGCCGCAUCCCGGCUACCGUCGACACGACAAUACAUUUCGUUACAACCGUUCGCUAUGCAUCCAAGCGUUCGAAACAUAAUCGAUAGUGUUCAUUGUGUUCCUCGCGCGCGUUGUCCCAGGUCAAGCGGUGUCUGAAACGAAAGACAAGCGGAAGCGGGGAAAUCUCUCCGCCGAGGGAGUAGGGAAAAAGCGUUAAAGGGAAUAGAUCGGGGUCGAGAGACAAGGCUUCGCGACACGGCGACUCUGACGACGACGAGAACGAGAAUGGGAGCGAUGAUGACGAUGACGGUACAACGACGAGGCGGUAGUUAAAUGGGUAACGAUAAGGGUAAACGCGAUAAAACGAAUAGUGUGAUCACGACGACGCGACGUUAUAGCGUCGGUAGCUUUCGCAUAAAUUAUCGUACGUAUAUAUAUAUAUAUAUAUAUAUAUACGCAGAUAAAUACACUCGAGCGCACAAGUACACACAAGGCGAUAAACGAGCGAUGUACACUUAAAUAUUGUGAUACGCAUACGUAACCAUAAGCGCGCGCACGCGAGCGUGUCGAUCGAGAAGCAAUAAGAGCAAUAAAAACAAAAACAAAAAAAAAAAAAAGAGAGAUAUUAUCGUGUUAUAUCGUUGUUGAAUCGGUGAUUUCCCGUCACCCUGUGUUCGUAAGAGCUCGUUAGUCGCUAAAAGCCGACCGACGAGAUUACGCUUAUUUCACCCGGGACCGUCGAAAAAGAGAGUACGCCAAGACGACAAGAUGGCGUUCGCCGCGGCGAGGAUGAUCCUGAAGGACAAGCGCAGGAAAGCUAGCAAAGAGGACUUCGCACCGCGAAACAGAAGCAAGGCUCGCAGCGCCAGCACAAGUAGCUUUAGAAGCCUGAGCCAGGCACGCAACAAACCGGCGGAUGGAGUGGGUCAUGUAAACCAAAAAGGUGCUUCCGGUCAGAAAGCGCCGGCGGCUGGUCAGAAGGUCGCGCCGGGUGCUAAGGUCGCGGCGAAACCGGCCCAAAAGCCGACAGCUCAGAAAGGCCAAGUGAAAGUGACACCUAAGGCGGCCUCCGUGAAGACCGGCAAGAACAAGAAGAAGGGACAACGGCAACAGUAUGAUCUCAUCGUUACCAUUAAUCUGAGGUGAGAGCGAAGUUAUCGGUGGCUCGUGAUGGAUCGAAUUACGUCAGCCGCCUUUGUCAACGUGGCGUGCGCUUCGCGUAAUGCGUGCACAUCGGCAAUAAAUAUGGCACGAUCUGACCCAGUUGAAUACGCGAUGAGCGAUCGAUAAGUUUCUUCAUGUUCGGCUAAUAUACGCCGCGCGUACGACGCGAUGUCAAGACACACCGAAGGAAAAUAACACCGUACUGUCAUUUACUCGGAUUGGCAUAAUUAGCGACAACUCCCCGAUCGCAUUGCUCCAUUUUGGGAUGAUAUUUCCGGUUGAGACUGCUGACAACAUCAAAUAGAUUUGAUAUUUGAUCUCAUGCAAAUUGCAUGUGCACAGAUUCUAGUAUACAAUUAUUCCUUAUAAACUCGUGUUAUUAUACGGCUAAUUAUUUAUUACGCAUGCCUCGUUUUAUGCGUUUCGUAUAAUUUUCUCAUUACAUACGUAAAAAUAGCCAUUUAUCGAGAAUUUUAUUUUCUUUUAUAUCUGUAAAUAGAAUU